GUUUUUGUUAAUCGGUUACUGAAACAGAAUGGUCGGAAGGAGAGAGCAUAGUGUUCAGAGAAUAUUUGUAGUGAUCUUAGCUGUACUUAUUUCAUCAUCACACAGUUUUAGAGUAGAAUUUGUAACAGGCGAACUGAGACGUGUUCCUCCGUUGGUCAUCAAGAAAUUCUCACAGAUCUCCCCAGUUUACAUCAACAUCAGAUCUGAAGACACAUCUCUUACCAGGGAUCUCUUAAACUCACUACACGCCAAACCGCCAACAAAGCGCUCUAUUAUAACCAAACAGCAACCAUCAAGAAAACAUCGACGAUCCUUAUUUUCAGUUCCAAAGCUUUCCCUCGUACCUUAUAUUCUACCUUGGAUUCCGAAAACUCCACUCCUUCCUAUAUUCCCGAGCUUGGUUCCCCUACCUCCCCCGGGUCCCAUAAAACCUCCGUUGACUACAAUGCCCAACAUCUUUGAUUGGGACAAAGCUGAACCAGGCGUCCUCGAAAAACUGAUUAGGCUGAGGCAACGAGGAGCGUUAACUACGGAAGAGUAUCUUAAAUUCAAGUAUUUGCUUCUAAAGAAAUAAAUUUAGUACUAAAUUAAU